AUGUCUGAAUUAAGUGAGUCUGAAAAGCGUCAGCUGCUACGUGAAAGAAGAAAGCAGAAGUUUUCUAAUGGCGCUGGUUCAACUAGAUUGAGUAAGAUUACAGGUCAACAAUCGGGUAGCUUUCUGCCAACUGAAUCACCUUUGGAUAGACCAAAGAGUUCAGGUUCUUCAGCGGGGGACUUGAAUAUUCAAGAUAAGGAUGAUUUUUUUGCAGAGAUUAGCAAGAGUGCAGGUUCUGGCAUUAGCGAUAAAGGAAAGGAAGGUAAUCCUGAGGUGGCACUAUUAGAGCAGUUAAUGAACAUGAGAGGAGGACCUGAAAAGCCGGGAGCUGGUGGAAACGGUAUAGAUGAUAUAUUUUCUUCGCUAUUUCGUCAAGGUGCUCAACCAGGACCGGAAGCUGCUGGUGUGCCAUCGGCUGACAUGGUGAGUGUUUCGAUGCAUACACACCGGGCUAAGCAACUGAAAGCGUAUACGAUUCUUAUUAGAUGGGCCGUUUUGUUUCCGCUUGUAUACUUUGCAAUGACGCCACCAAGUAAUAUAAUUGGUGAAUAUAUCCAUUCGCUUCUCCAGAGAUUUAGUUUCUUUAUGAUGUUCAGUACUUUUGAGAUUGUUACUAUUAGCAUGUACUACCAGGCACUGUUGAGAUUAGAGAAAAUUAACAAAGUCAAUACUAUGAACAACACUAGCAAGCUCGUAACUUGGGCCAACUUGAUUCCUGAAGGAAUUCUUCCUGUUUCAAAUAUCCCCGGCAAAUUGACGAUUAUCAUGUAUUACUGGGAUGUUUUCUCGAUGUGUUUGACGGAUCUGUCUUUCUGCAUCGUCGCUGUUGGUGUAAUUAGCUAUUAUCAUAGUUUCGUCUAA